ACAAAAACUGUGGGAACGGGUCAGAGGAAAGAGGGGCGGGAGGAAUGGGAAAGGGUACAGUAGAAAGGCAGGCAGGGUGUUUUCUUAACUUAAAGGAAGAGUUAAACCAGAAGUCAAUAGCUUAUUUUGAGUUAUUUAAACGAUUGCCCACACCGCCGAGAACUGGGAAACCGAAAGUUAUCUAAUUAUAUAAGACAUAAACAAGAGAAGGAGACCUCGAUGUCGGGAAUAGGACACGGUCUGGAAUAGGAGAAGAGAUACUUUGUAUUCAACGUGUCGUACGCGCGUUCCAGGCAGCACGUUCAUGGCAAGAAAUCUGAGCGCACUCGUUCUACAGUCAGAGGUGAAGGAUGGAGGGAGAUACAGAGACAGCAGAGGAGAAGGAGGGUGAUGACACGGAGCUGUCUGGUGAGGAAGGGGUAGGGCAACUUCACCAGAGUGGAGGGUCCUCGGAUAAAGACCAGGACCUACCCAUCAUGCAGUGGGAGGACCUGAGCCUGCGUAUCGCCGAGCUAGAGAAACAGGAGGAGGAGAGGAGGGAGAGGGCAAAGAGUACGAGGGGGUCGGAACAAGGGAGUGUGUCAGGGGGCUGGGCGGAGGAGAGGCAGGGUGGGCUUCGGAGGAGAGAGGAAUGGGAGGAGGAGGACUAUGGAAGGUGUCGAGUUACUGUUUUCUCAUCUAGAUUCCACAAUCACAGAAAUCUACAGUUAUGCUACACCAACAACAGUGAGAGCGAGGAUGAUGAUACGGAGGAGGGGGCUGGCAAAGAGGGUUCUAAAGUGGCAGGUAGCCAUGGUUACCAUCCCUCUGGCCUGAAGCUGGAGGUGAGGGCUGCACUGAGUGCGCUUAAAAACAAGCUGCUCGCUGAACAGAAAGAGAAGGAGCACCUCGCCUGUGUGAUCAAUAAGAGGAAGCAUCUGGAAUGCUGUGACCUGCAGAUCUGCUCAAUACAACAGCUCAGUUCCCUCAGGACCUCACUCAACCAUGACAUACACGACCUGAGCUCUGAGUUGGUGGGUCACCUGUUGAUAAGGGACCAGCUGAGGACCAAACAGGAUGCCAUGCUCCUGGAUGUACAGGAUCUGACAUAAUGUUGACCCACAGGUGCACAGGAUGUGACAUCACCACUGCCAUGGACAGGGUACCAGGACAGGAAGUCAUUGUGACCAAUAGUGGAUAAAGUGAUUUUGGCCCAGAUAUGCCACUAUGAGACUGUCAGAAGUAUUGCCAUUGUUGCCUACUCAACAUGAUUUUUCGUAAAGGAGAAAUGUUGAUUAUGAGCAACUGAUGAGCAACAUCUUGGACCGGUGUCAUAAUACAAUCCAUAUUUCUCAGAGAGGGUAUGGAUAUCUUUCUCUUCAUCAUCCCCACCUGAUCUUGACCAGCGUAAUAUUCAUCAUCAUUAGUGGAGAGAGUACUGUAUUAGGACCUGUUUUGACUUACGCAUGCACUUA